AUGAAAUUGGUUGACACUUUACUCGUACUGACUGCGGCAGCAACCGCUAAUGCAAUACUGAUCCCAAGUGAUAACAAUGGCUCACCUCAAGCAUCAGGUACUUCGAGUCAAGUGUCUGGCCCAACCAAUAAACCCGAUUCAGACAUUUUCAACAAAAAAUGGCAAGAAGUAAUGAGUGAGCUUGAUUUAAGCAUUUCCAACCAAGAUCAGCAACAAUCAAUUGAUGAGUCCGGCGCAGGUAUUUCCGAAGAACAUUGGCAAGACAUAGUGAGUAUAAUUAAUCCAGGUAUUUCCAGUCAAGACCAACAGCAUCCAAUUGGCGAAUCAGAUCCAAGUACUUCAGGUCAAACCCAGGAAAGUUCAACUGAUAAGUUUGAUCCAGAAGCUUCCGAGGAAUAUUGGCAAGACAUAAUGGAUAUUAUUGAUUCAAGCACAUCAGGUCAAGACCAACACUCGAUGGAUCAAUCCAGCUCAAGCAAUACUGUUUCAAAUCAAGGGAUUAUAUUGGACAAAAUGAGUAUAGAAAUCUUGGAUGAAUACAAAAAGGAAAUGAUCAUUCUUGAAAAAGCAAAAAAGAAAGCCCAUCAAGCCUGUCUUAAAUACGAAUCCCUUAGGCUGAGACAAGAAUUAAUGUUGGCAAAAGGGGAAGAGAUAUCUGAAUCAAGACACGAUCCAAAAGUUGAAAGCCAAUUGAAAAAAGAGUAUAAUGAAUCAAAGAUCAACAUAGGCUAUUUGAAACGGAAAAUAAAAAGGUUCAUGUCGAGGGAGGAGCGGAAACAGAUUAAAAAACAGGUUCAGAAACAGGUUCGGAUUUUAAAGAUACGUCAAGAGCUCGAAAAAAAUGAAUAA